UGAUUACCGUUUGAAUUAACUCAAUUUCAAUGUAUGAUUAAAAGCUAAAAGACAAAAUGACAUUUUUUUUAUGAAAAUAUCUAUCCUCACAUUAUCAAAUCAAACAUUCGAUUCCCGAAAUAAUUAUGUGUGCCAUUUGUGUUGAAAUGAGCUUAUAAAAGCGCGUUGGUGCAUUAAAUACGAAUAUCUGUUCGCAUUGAUAAUACAUAAAAUGUUGGUUCCAUCAUUGUUAUUAUCAUAAUCAGUAUAUAAGCACAUGUAUCUGCAGUAUGUAAUAGUGAAUUAGAUGAAGCCGUAAAAUAGCCAUUAUAAUAAUUAUUCAAUAUAUCGCGAACCGUUUAUUAAAAUAAAUAACAUUUACAAGUGUGUUGUUUAUUUUGUUUUGUUUUUUCUCGGGUCAUACAGACGGUUAAAUUGUUCUCAAAACGCGUAUUUUGUUGCGCCGCAUGAAAUUCGGUUCGAUUGGCAAUCGAAAUGAAAGUGUUGUUUGUUCAUUUUAGGGCGAUAAAAUGUAAUAGAAUCAUCCCGCGAUAAAGCAAAUAACAACAACUAGAAAAUUCGUCGCAAAACAUACUGAACCGGAACGAUACGCAAAAUCGAAACAUUGUUCGAUGUUGUGUGUAUUUGGUUCACAUUGUUUCGGAAACUGUGCUGAAAUUUGAUAUUUACUCGCGUAUACAUUUCAAUGCUGUAGACAAUGUAUUUUUUUUUUAUCAAUAAAAAGAGAUUAGUAGUUGUUUGUUGAGCUUUUAUAGUGAAAUGCGUGUUGAUCGAAGCGAAAACGAUUCUUCGAUGGAAUGCUAAUAGAACGUUGAAGUUUGGGCAACUCGCAAACUAUUUGAAAUAAUAAGCAGUGAAUGCAGCGAACGACGACAAAGGCGACACGAUUUGCUUCAUUUGUUCAAGUAAUGGGGAUGUCAUUGAUUUUUGCAAAGCACGUAACAUUUUCCCUAAGAAAGCACGAACGAGAUUGUGAGAUAAUUUGAUAAUUUUUUUUUUGUAUGUGAUGACAAAAGUGCAUAUAUUCAACACUUGUCAGUUUAUUGUGAAAUUGAGAGAAAAUAAUAAAGUGUGCAUUUCUUAGAAUUAUUCUUAUCGGUAAAUGGCAACUGUGGCAUAUGUAUCCAAUCUUACAGUAUAUUGACUAUUACAUUAUUGCAUUCCAUAGAAUUUGAAACCUUUUUUACACAUCACACCGUCGUAUAUUCAAUAACACAUUGUCAUUGCAAUUUCAAGAGCAGAAAAAUUACUUCAUUGCAAUCACAAUCAUCAACAAAAAAUUGCAAUCGAUUUUGAUAUGGUGUUAUUCACGAACAACCAGAUUGAAAAUUUGUCAACGUGAAAUCAGUGGAAACGUACAUGUGUUUCUGGAAGAAAGUUAAUGGAAUAAAUUUAAUUUAAAUGCGAAAAAAAAAAGUUGUGCCAGUAAUUGAAAUUCAAAUAAGAAAUCGCGGAAUACUAAGUGAGUACAAAAUAAUAACGAUAAUAAUAAGAAGAAAAUAACAAACAUAAACAUUCGGCGGCUAUAUAAAACAUAUAAGAAGCAUACGGCACACGAUAUCACCAUCAACAUGAUGAAGAAAUAAAUGGCUGAGCGCACGUCAAGUCAAAUAAUAAAAUACAAUACACAUCGGAUACUGUAUGUUCCAGCUGUGACUCUGUGCCGCUGCCAUCGCAACAUACACAUCCUGACUUCGUGAUUCUCACGAGAAUCACCAUGAAAAUGCGUAUGAUUUUGAUGAAUGAGUGAAAAAGAAAGCAUCGAAAAUGAAAACAUAUCAAAAAGCAUAGAGGAAAACCGUCAAAUGAUUAUAUAAAACGAAAAAGGAAAAAAAACUGUAGAAACAUUCAACAGCAACAGCGCACAAAUCACAACUUAAAUUUGAAGUUCAAUCGGAAAAAACACUCCGGUAACAUUUCUAAUAAGCGUUUACUCGCACAAUCCACAAAAUAUAUUUUAUAUGCGCGAAUAAGAAAAGAUUGAAAGUGAUAUAAAGCAAAAAAAAAACGAAGCAACAGAAACUUAGUACAAGUUACAAUGGACUAAAUGUAAAAUGGUAAUAUAAGUGUACCAACACCGACGCAUCUCCAAAAUAGCUUAUAAGCGCAAGCCAGCCAAAAAAAUUUAAUAUUGAGUACGACCAAAAAUAUUGCAUCGCGGCACUGUGUGAACUCAUUCAAUUCAGUGUGUGUAUAAGCGAUUAUUACUGAUUACAAUUUCGACAAACAUCCUCUUUAUAUAUCUAUAUGCUGUUAUAUAAAUGCAAGUGUAAACAUAAAAUAAAACCUUAUAUGAAUAAUCUUAUGUAUAAAAUUUCCGAAUAUUCAAACUGUAAUCUUAAAAAGAGUAUUUUUAACUAAAUUCGGAGCGUGUUUUGGUGCGUUUAAAGAAAAAAUAGGAAAUCGCAUUGUAAUACGCAAAAUGUUGAAACAUCAUCAGAACGAGAGAAUACAAAAGAAAUCGCAUUUGAAUGCGAUUAAAUGUGUACAUCAGCAUCGUGAAUGUUGCCAUUGUUACUAUCAUCAAAAAUGUAUAACAUUUACAUCAAUUUUUUUUAUACAUCUAUUUAUUGUGAGCACAAUUAUGGCAUCGACGUCCGACCACACGGUCGUUGAUGAAAUGAACAUUUUAAAUGAUCAACUGAAUGGUGUCGAUGGGUCACAAGUAGUUUUAUUGCCUGCAUUAAACCAACAUCAAAUUGUUCUCAAUGAAUUAUUACCGCCAUCGCAAAAAGCGACUGCUAGAGGUCGAAGCAUUUCAAUGCCAUUAGUAUCGAAAUCAAAUCGCCUCUUGACCAAGCAUGUUGCCGCCUCUGCUCUCACCAUCGAUCAUUCAACAAAUGUUCAAGAGAGUUCUUCGUCUACAUUGUGCAAUUGUUUGAAUCGAAAAACGUUGGUAAAAUUACGAGCAUUUGGUUGCAUGCAAAUUUGUGCACGCCAACAGCAAUACUCGAAGAAAUUCAAGCGAAAACAUAAGCUGAAUAAUCGAAAAAUUGUACAAAAACGUGAACAUUUGACACUAAUCCAUGGAUUUAAUGCCGUUAGCAACAGUACACAACAGUUAAAUGAAUACAGUAAAAAAUGUCCGAUCCAAUCAGAUGAAAGGGUGGUGUGGGCCAAAUUUAAGCGAAAACCAUUGCAUCGACACACUACUUACACCACAACAAUCGAUGAAAAAUCACUUAACAAUAGUACACACGAAACCAAUAAGUUAAAUCAAAUUUCAGCAUCGACGACAAAUUUACACGAAAUGACUUCUUAUUCAGAUAACCAUUUAAGGACUUUGCAAAAUAUGGACUUUAAAAAUAAUCGCCAGAAGAGCAGCGCAGUAACACAGAUUUCAAACAAUGACAAAGAUAUCACAUCAAUGAUGUUUAAGUAUGAAAGUAUCGAGUUAAAUGGUGGCUGGAAUGGUAAGCGAAAGAUACGUUCGAUAGCAAAAGUGACGGUGACACCAACACCAACCGAUGCAAUUAAUAUGACCAAAUCCAUUUUAUCAGCGACAACAAAAGAUUCAAAUAAUGUAAAAUCAACGCAAAAUGGGAUUAUUGAUUCAUCGAUACCAAGAGGUGGAGUUACAGAGAUCAUUGGCUUUGAUGGUGGUACUAGUAGUGGUGAUGAUAGUGAUGCCAUUAUUGCAAAUCCAACCAUAGCAAGCAGUACAAGGACAUUUGGUGAUACCACUACAAAUGACUAUGUAAAUUAUGCAUCGGAUGAUACGGAUAUGACAGUGAAUAUGGCAUCAAAUCUUUUGCAAUCGGACCAAUAUCUUGAUUUAACCAUAAAACCAGAUGCAGAUGAAGAAUUACAAUCCACCCAACUACCAAUCAUUGAUAAAUCAAAUGAAACAGCAUGCAUUUCAAUCGAGGCGAACACAAACAACACCAACAACAUUACAAUUAUAUGUGAUCAGGGGAAUGACACGUGUGUUGGUAAUCCAGACUGGUGUAAUCUUACUUAUGAAGAAUAUCGAGAAAUGUUAGAUCAAUAUAUUUGGCCAACGCCCGGUGAAUGGGUUUUAGUUGGUUUUCAUACGCUUGUAUUUGCUGUUGGUUCGAUUGGCAAUAUAUUGGUAUGCAUCGCGGUGUACGCAAAUACGUCAAUGCGAACCAUAACCAACAUAUUCAUUGUGAAUUUAGCCAUUGCCGAUCUUCUUGUGAUUAUAUUAUGUUUGCCGACAACAGUUCUGUGGGAUAUUACAGAAACGUGGUUCUUUGGCGAAGCAAUGUGCAAAGUCAUUUUAUACUUGCAGACGGUUUCCGUUACGGUGUCUGUGCUGACACUGACAUUUAUUUCAAUUGAUCGAUGGUAUGCAAUCUGCUUUCCACUUCGUUAUGUUUCGACGAAUGGACGUGCUUGGUGCUCGGUUGGGGUAAUAUGGAUUGCAGCAUUGGUGUCGGACCUUCCUGAGUUCAUAAACUCAAGAACAAAGAAAACAGAAUUACGAUUUAACAUUGAUUUAUUUACGCAGUGUGUAUCAACGUGGGACAAAAACACCGAAAAAAAUGUCGUCAUUGCCCGUUUCGUCCUGUUAUAUUUGGCUCCAUUAUUUUUUAUGUCGAUCGCAUAUUUCAAAAUCAUCCGAGUUUUAUGGAAAUCCGAUACGAUUCCGGGUCAUCGAGAAUCGUGUAAUCACCGUCAGAUGCACACAGUCCAUUCACGCAACACCGUGGCCAAUUCGAGUACGUUGAGUCAAUUGAGAGCUCGACGAAAAGCAGCCAAAAUGCUUGUGGUCGUCGUGCUUAUGUUUGCCAUUUGUUAUUUGCCCGUACAUACAUUAAACAUCGUGAGAUAUACUAUAGAACAAGAACAAACUACAAUCGUGGCGAUAUUAUCAUUAAUCUCACAUUGGCUUUGUUAUGCAAAUAGUGCCGUAAAUCCAUUAAUCUAUAAUUUUAUGAGCGGGAAAUUUCGUCGUGAAUUUGUGAGUGCGUUGGAACGGUGUCGAUGCAGUAAUCGUGAUGUAUAUAGGCAUCAUUCAUGCUAUUUUAAUCCAACUGGAGGACGACUUAAUACAAUUAGUCCAAAUACCCGUAGUUUAUGUCAAUUUUCCAGUCAUCGCGAUCGUAACAAAAGUUUUCGCGAAAAGCAUACGAUACAAACUAGUUUUGUUGAAAACGUGUAUGAUAUUUAUCCAGAUAGCGUCAGUGACGGUCGAACAUUUGGCAUCACCACAAAUGGAACAUCAGUACCAAAAACAACUCCAAAUGGCGACCGACAGCAUUCACCAUCAGACUAACCUACCUAUUACUUAAACAAAUGCACAUCUCUUAUUAAAUAAUAAAAUAAAAGUGCACAUCUUUUGUGACAAUUUCACUUGAAACUUGUAGAAAAAAAAAAUCUUUUCACAUCAUACUAUUUUCAUUCAAAAACAAGAAGAAAAAACUUCCUAAUCGUCUAGAUGCUAUCUAUUUUUGAUUAUGUUAGAAAUCUAUUUUAUAAAAUAACAUAUAUUAACGACAGAUAACUUGUGAAAAUCUUCAAAUACUGUAUAAGUCCACUUUUGAGGGAACAAAUCAUCACCUAUUACACUUAUCCACAAUCUCUACAUGGGCAUAUGAAAAGGCUAUGAAUGUAUUUCAAUUAUAGAAAACAACUCAAUUUCUCUUAGCAAGGAAAAAAUAGGGAGUGAAAAUGAGAUUCAGAGAGAGAGAAAGAGAGCGACAGAUAGAAAGAAUUUUAGGUGACGUAUGAAAUUUGAUACAGAUUCGAUUGUGGUAGAGAGAGUAUGUAUGAAAAUAACCAAAUGAUGAGAAUGAUAGGUCAUAAUUAUGUUAGUAUAUUUUGAUGAAAUUUGUACAAAUAAAUGAAAUGUAUCUAAUAUAAUCAACAAAUUGAAUGUAAUAAAGAA